AAUGUAGACAGCCAGCCACGAGUCCUCUCCAUAAUCCAACGCCGUGUCGGCAAAGCUUACUCUAGAGACUUCUCUCUGACGCUUGUCGUCACACUUAACAAUAUUUUAUUUAAAAUUUAUUCCGUCACCCCGAAACGGCGCGUUUUACUCUCACCGUCCCCGGCACAAAAAUGCGGAAAGAAAUAUCACCGCCGGUGACCACCACCACCACCACGAAACUCCUCUCCUACUUCGAGAAGAAGCCGUUACUCGCCACAUUACUAGCUCUCUCCCUCGUCAUGAUUAUCUGGAACCUCCCUCCUUACUACCACAGCCUCAUCUCCACCGCUCGCCCCUGCUCCGCCUCCCUCACCACCACCACCACCAUCCUCUCCUCCUCCUCCGAGAACUUCACCACCUCUCUCAUAGCCUCUUCUUCUUCUCCCGUCGAUUCAACACCCUCAGAUCCGAACAAACGCGUUUUCAAACCGUUCGGAAACGCAGCCGCGCUGUUCGUACUAAUGGGAGCCUACCGAGGCGGUCCGACGACAUUCGCAGUCGUCGGACUCGCCUCGAAACCGAUCCACAUCUUCGGUAAGCCGUGGUUCAAGUGUGAGUGGAUAACAAACAACGGAACCUCUCUCCGAGCCAAAGCGGUUAAGAUCUUACCAGACUGGGGAUACGGGAGAGUCUACACAGUCGUUGUAGUCAACUGCACGUUCCAAACCAACCCUAACUUAGACAACAGAGGAGGCAAACUCAUUCUCAACGCUUACUACGACGAAAAAACUCCCAAGCUCUUUGAGAGGUUCACCACUCUCGAAGAAUCCCCCGGAUCUUUCGAAGAAUCGAUAUUCUCGCCGCCGUAUCCGUACGAUUAUCUUUAUUGUGGAUCGUCUCUGUACGGGAACGUUAGCUCCUCGCGUAUGAGGGAGUGGAUGGCUUACCACGCGUGGUUCUUUGGAGAUAGAUCGCAUUUUGUGUUUCAUGACGCUGGUGGUGUUUCGGAGGAGGUUAGGGAGGUUCUUGAGCCGUGGAUUCGAGCUGGGAGGGUGACGUUGCAGGAUAUUAGGGAUCAGGCUAAUUAUGAUGGUUAUUAUUAUAAUCAGUUCUUGAUUGUUAAUGAUUGUUUGCAUAGGUAUCGUCACGCUGCGAAUUGGACUUUCUUUUUUGAUGUUGAUGAGUAUAUCUAUUUGCCUGAUGGGAAUACGCUUGAGAGUGUUCUGAAUGAGUUCUCGGGUUUUACUCAGUUCACGAUUGAGCAGAAUCCAAUGUCUAAUGUUCUUUGCUUAAACGACUCAACUCAAGAUUAUCCCAGGCAAUGGGGAUUUGAGAAGAUGUUAUUUAGGGAAUCAAGAACAAACGUACGGCGUGACAGGAAGUAUGCGAUUCAGGCCAAGAAUGCGUUUGCGACAGGAGUUCACAUGUCUGAAAACGUGGUAGGCAAAACGCUACACAAGACGGAGAAGAAGAUCCGUUAUUACCAUUACCACAACACUAUAACAGUGCACGAGGAGCUUUGCAGAGAGAUGUUACCUGUUUCGGCCAAGGGAAAUGUGACGUUUUACAAGAGGCUUCCGUAUGUGUAUGAUGACAAGAUGAAGAAGCUAGUGAAGACGGUUAAAGAGUUUGAGGAGAAGAAACUAGGGACGAAGGUUGUGGAGAAUUUUUCAUGACCAGACGUAACUUAAUCGCUGUUAUGAACAUUUUGUCGAUAUAAGGUAUAGUUGUUUCCACUGUAUCAUUUUUCGUUUCUGGUUUGUCCUCUUUUUUACUAUUUCAUUAAUAACUUUUUUAUAUAAUUUUAAAAUUUGCUGUGUUCUCUGAACUUAGUAUAUGUUCUUGAAGUCAUUUAUCUUUUUAAUGAAUGUCAAAUGACAA